CGACUUAUGUUGACAACGAAAAUAGGAGCACGAUGGGAUGGAUUCGGAGGGAUCGCGCUCCUAGAUUACCUCCAUUGCAACUUCGUGGACCCUCAGACGUAUCGACGGAGUUGGAAAGCCUUCGACAUGACAAAACAGCAUGCCAACCGAAUCGCUGUGAGUACAAUAGCGGCCGAUCUGGGUGGCGAUCUGGUGGUGAAAAUAGUUGAUUUCUCACUAGGCGAGGUGAGUCUCGGGGGACUGCUGCCCGACAAGCCGUAUCACAUUCGUCUCGAGGUGUUUGACAAUGAAGUUAGCGUUUGGCUCUACAACGCGACAAUGCAAACUCUACCGACUGGUGACGAUGACGAAAACAAAGUGUCACCGGAAUCGCCUCUCUCGCAGUACUUCCAUUGGCGUCACGUGGCUCCUUACACCUGUCAGUUAGGCUGGGACGUGCACAAACUGGCCUCACUUGCCGCCAAUCGGAUUGAUGUAUUCAUGGUGGUCGCCGAGUCAUUUGACUCUCCAACUAGUCGAACCGUCAACUUCUCACAGGGAGCGGUAGUUAUGGAGAAGGUACGGCCUAACACACUGUACGUUGCUAGGCUGGAUGCACUGAAGGACAAUACCAAAGUGUGGUAUUACGUGGGAGAACUCAGGACACAACCUAUAGCGCGUCAAAUUGUGGAGGGGUGCUACACUUCACUGCCUCGCCUCACUACUGGCCUCACUGUGACAUUCAAACAUGACAUUCGGCAUGCAGCGUUGACUGGUCGUAAGAGACGCUCGAGCGGAAUCACAACGGCAUAUCGAAGGUCCAACUGGAAGACUGGAGAGAGAGAGAGCACCACGGCU